AUGAGGCUCUCACUCUUCCACUGUUCCACAGAGAAAACUUGACCCGCCUCAUUUUUGUUCCUGAUUCAAACUCCCGAAGAACGAAACUGGCGUAAGUGAUAUUAACAGACCAUCUACUUUCACUUCACUGCUUACUUCUCUCCCUCCCGCCAAACACAAAUUCAGGGUAGGCCUCCAUUUCUAGUCCCUUACGUUUUUUCUUUCCUUCACUCUAACCAUCUCCUAGUUCUCUUCAACUCCCUCCUCUUCGUCUCUCGUCAUUUCCAAACCCUAGAAUUCCAUACCACUGCCACAAUGAGCUAUGCGGCCUACAAGAUGAUGCACUGGUCCACUGGUAUCGAAAACUGCGCCUCCGGCUUCCUCACGCAUUGCCGCGCAGACUUUGUCCCCCAAAUUCCUUCUGUGCAAACUGACGAGGUCGAAUCUGAAUGGCCAGCGAAGCGUGGAAUUGGUCCAGUUCCUAACCUCAUUGUUACCGCUGGGAACGUUCUCGAAGUGUAUGUGGUCAGAGUUCAAGAAGAGGGCUCAAGAGAGUCCCGAAAUUCCCGUGAAUCGAAGCGGGGAGGGGUCAUGGAUGGCGUCUCCGGCGCUUCGCUGGAGCUCGUUUGUCACUACAGGUUGCAUGGUAACAUCGAGUCAAUGGCGGUACUGCCUAUAGAAGGUGGUGACGGGUCUCGAAGAAGAGAUUCCAUUAUACUGUCAUUUAAAGAUUCAAAGAUGUCGGUUCUGGAGUUUGAUGAUUCCAUACAUGGGCUUCGAACAAGCUCUAUGCAUUGUUUUGAAGGACCAGAAUGGCUUCAUUUGAAAAGAGGCAGAGAAUCUUUUGCAAGAGGCCCAUUGGUAAAGGUUGACCCUCAAGGCAGAUGUGGCGGUGUUCUUGUUUAUGAUCUGCAGAUGAUAAUACUUAAGGCUGCUCAGGCGGUCUCUGGUUUGGUUGGAGAUGAUGACACUCUUGGUUCUGGAGGUUCCGUCUCGUCCCGUAUCCAAUCAUCCUAUAUCAUCAAUCUUCGAGACUUGGACAUGAAGCAUGUCAAAGAUUUUAUAUUUGCACAUGAUUAUAUUGAACCUGUGGUGGUUAUUCUUCAUGAACGGGAGCUUACUUGGGCUGGGCGCGUCUCGUGGAAGCAUCACACUUGCAUGAUUUCUGCUCUUAGUAUCAGUACUACUUUGAAGCAGCCUACUCUCAUAUGGUCAGUUGUGAAUCUUCCACAUGAUUCUUAUAAGCUGCUUGCAGUGCCAUCACCAAUUGGUGGUGUUCUUGUGAUUGGUGCUAAUACUAUCCAUUAUCACAGUGAGUCAGCCAAUUGUGCAUUGGCCCUUAACAGCUAUGCAGUUUCUGCUGAUAGCAGUCAAGAUCUACCAAGAGCGAGUUUCACUGUGGAACUUGACGCUGCGAAGGCAACUUGGUUAUCAAAUGAUGUAGCCUUGCUGUCAACAAAAAAUGGGGAACUCUUGUUAUUGACCCUUGUCUAUGAUGGAAGGGUUGUACAGAGGCUUGAUCUUUCCAAAUCUAAAGCUUCAGUACUUACUUCGGAUAUUACAACAAUAGGGAGUUCAUUAUUUUUUCUGGGCAGUCGUUUGGGGGACAGUUUGCUUGUGCAGUUUACUUAUGGAUUGGGAUCUUCAAUGGCAUCAUCUGGUUUGAAAGAAGAGGUUGGAGAUAUUGAAGGUGAUGCUCCCUUAGCAAAGCGAUUGAAAAGGUCACCUUCUGAUGGUUUGCAAGAUAUGGUUAGUGGGGAGGAGCUCUCUUUGUAUGGUUCAACGGCCAACAAUACAGAAUCAACACAGAAAACUUUCUCAUUUGCAGUGAGGGAUUCAUUAAUAAAUAUUGGUCCUGUGAAAGACUUUUCAUAUGGUGUAAGGAUUAAUGCUGAUGCAAAUGCAACUGGAAUUGCCAAACAAAGCAACUAUGAACUGGUGUGCUGUUCUGGUCAUGGUAAAAAUGGCACUCUUUCUGUCCUUCGGCAAUCAAUUCGUCCAGAAAUGAUUACAGAGGUUGACCUUCCUGGUUGUAAAGGAAUUUGGACUGUUUACCAUAAAAAUUCACGUGGUCAUAAUAUUGAUUCAUCUAAAAUAGCUGAAGUUGAUGAUGAAUAUCAUGCAUAUUUGAUCAUAAGUAUGGAGGCUCGGACUAUGGUUCUUGAAACUGCUGAUCUUUUGACGGAAGUUACUGAAAGCGUGGACUACUUUGUACAAGGACAGACAAUUGCUGCAGGCAAUUUGUUUGGAAGGCGUCGAGUUGUCCAGGUCUUUGAACAUGGUGCUAGGAUUCUCGAUGGUACUUUUAGGACUCAAGAUCUAAGCUUCGGAGCUUCAAACUCUGAGUCUGGCCCUGUUUCUGAGAGUUCCAUAGUGUCAUCUGUUUCUAUUGCUGAUCCUUAUGUGUUGAUAAGAAUGAAUGAUGGAAGUAUUCGGCUUCUUGUUGGAGAUCCUUCUACUUGCAUGGUUUCCAUAAAUACUCCAUCUGCUUUCGAGAACUCCAAGAAAUCAGUAUCUGCCUGCACACUAUAUCAUGAUAAAGGACCAGAGCCUUGGCUAAGAAAGGCAAGUACAGAUGCAUGGCUUUCCACUGGCAUUAGUGAGGCCAUAGAUGGUGCUGAUGGUGGUGCACAUGAUCAGGGAGAUAUAUAUUGCAUUGUUUGUUAUGAGAGUGGUGCACUUGAAGUACUUGAUGUGCCAAAUUUCAAUUCUGUGUUCUCAGUGGAAAAGUUUAUAUCUGGAAAGACCAAUCUUGUUGAUACCUAUGUGCGGGAACCACCCAAAGAUACACAGCAAAUGGUGAACAAAAGUUCUGAAGAAGUGGCUGGCCUAGGCAGGAAAGAAAGCAUGCACAAUAUGAAGGUUGUUGAGUUGGCAAUGCAGAGAUGGUCUGGACAUCAUAGUCGACCUUUUCUUUUUGGAAUACUGACUGAUGGCACAAUCCUUUGUUACCAUGCCUAUCUGUUUGAAGGUCCAGAUGGCACUUCUAAAACAGAGGAUUCUGUUUCUGCACAAAAUUCCAUUGACUUAGGCAUCAAUAGCUCUUCAAGACUAAGAAAUUUGCGAUUUGUUCGUGUCCCCUUGGACAGUUACACAAGAGAGGAAACAUCGAUUGAGUCCUCCCAAAGGAUUACUAUCUUCAAAAAUAUUAGUGGUUAUCAAGGGUUUUUCCUUAUUGGAUCAAGACCAGCUUGGUUUAUGGUAUUUAGGGAGCGAAUGAGAGUUCAUCCACAGUUGUGUGAUGGUUCUAUUGUAGCCUUCACGGUUCUUCACAAUGUCAAUUGCAAUCAUGGGCUCAUUUACGUUACAUCCCAGGGCAAUUUGAAGAUUUGCCAACUGCCAUCCGUCUCAAGUUAUGACAACUAUUGGCCAGUGCAAAAGGUUCCACUGAAGGCAACUCCACAUCAAGUGACCUAUUUUGCAGAGAAGAAUUUGUACCCACUUAUAGUUUCAGUUCCUGUUCAGAAACCAGUGAAUCAAGUUCUUUCAUCGCUGGUUGAUCAAGAAGCAGGCCAUCAGAUUGAGAAUCAUAAUUUAAGUUCUGAUGAACUGCAUAGAACUUAUAGUGUAGAAGAAUUUGAGGUUCGAAUCUUGGAACCAGAGAGACCUGGUGGCCCAUGGCAAACCAAGGCUGUAAUCCCAAUGCAAAGUUCCGAAAAUGCACUUACUGUACGAGUGGUUACACUGUUUAAUACAACCACUAAGGAAAACGAAACUCUUUUAGCCAUUGGGACUGCUUAUGUGCAAGGAGAGGAUGUUGCAGCGAGAGGGCGUGUGCUUCUGUUUUCUGUUGUGAAAACUGCAGAUAAUCCCCAAGUUUUGGUUACAGAAGUUUAUUCUAAGGAAUUGAAAGGAGCAAUAUCUGCUUUAGCUUCACUUCAAGGUCAUCUGUUGAUAGCUUCUGGACCUAAAAUUAUUUUACACAAGUGGACUGGUACAGAGUUGAAUGGUGUUGCAUUUUUUGACGCUCCACCACUAUAUGUUGUAAGCUUAAAUAUUGUCAAGAAUUUUAUCCUCUUGGGUGAUAUUCACAAAAGCAUAUAUUUCCUUAGUUGGAAGGAGCAGGGAGCUCAACUUAGCUUAUUGGCAAAGGAUUUUGGUUCACUUGAUUGUUUUGCAACAGAGUUUUUGAUUGAUGGAAGUACACUUAGCCUCGUGGUUGCAGAUGAACAAAAGAACAUUCAGAUAUUCUAUUAUGCACCUAAGAUGUCUGAGAGUUGGAAAGGACAGAAGCUGCUCUCAAGGGCUGAAUUUCAUGUUGGCGCACAUGUGACCAAGUUCAUGCGGUUGCAAAUGCUUUCUACAUCAUCUGAUCGAAGUGGUGUUGCACCAGGCUCUGAUAAGACGAAUCGCUUUGCAUUAUUGUUUGGUACUCUUGAUGGCAGCAUUGGUUGUAUUGCACCUCUCGAUGAGCUCACAUUUCGUAGGUUGCAGUCACUACAGAAAAAACUUAUUGAUGCUGUUCCUCAUGUUGCUGGCUUAAACCCAAGAUCAUUCCGCCAGUUCCAGUCAGAUGGAAGGGUUCACCGACCUGGCCCUGAAAGCAUAGUAGAUUGCGAGCUGCUUUCUCAUUAUGAGAUGCUUCCAUUGGAGGAACAACUUGAAAUCGCUCAACAGAUUGGAACAACCCGUGCUCAGAUUUUAUCAAAUUUGAAUGAUCUUUCUCUUGGGACAAGUUUCCUGUGAUUACAGCUGAUCUAGAAGCAAUUCAUUGGAGGACUAACUUUUAGAAGGACCAUUUUUUGGUAUUCUAGGGCUGCCAGGUGGUAAAGACUCGGGGUAAAGAGCAGCAUCAGGAAAAUAUUUUAAGAUCCCCCCAUAUCAGGACUGCUUACUGGUAACAGCCUUCAUACAAUUGUACAUAGCCGUCUGCUAAUUGUUGGCUAAACAAGCAAUGUUUCUGAGAGGUGUAGCUUAUGUAGAGAACUUCACAAGGUUCAUAGAAAAAUAGAUUUUAUAGAUGGGAUGUAAUAUCGCAAAAUGAAGGCUUCUGGAGUGACAAUAGAUUUUAUUAACCUUUAGUUUUGAUUCACUGCAGAAAGUAGAUUAGCAAUGCCAGAUAUCUCAUGGCAACCAUCUUCGAUGUGAUACGAUUCAUAUGUUGAUGCUUCCCUGAACAGAUUUUUUAAAUUUGUUUAAGAAUAAGAACUCAUGAAUGUUGAAACUAUUCUCAUUAUUAUUUUUA